UUACGGUUUGAACUGGUGCUCCGGCAAAAAAGAUAUUCCGGCGUAUCUACGGCGAUUUAGCUCACCGUUCGGUCAUACUUCCGUAGUUAACGAACAAGAAGAAGAAGAAGAUAGGCACCAUCAUCAUCAUCAUCUCAAAGAAGAAGAACGCAAAUUGCGUUGAAAUUCGGUGACAGGAACACUAUUGCGGCGACCAAUUUCUACUGCAAAUUGCCGGAAUCCAGCGACUCAAUCAAGUAUAAGGACACAACCUAGCUUCGAUCAGAGCUUCCGAACUGAUGAAACCAUUCUGUUGAAGAUGCAUUUUGUCUUGUUGGAAUUUGGAGAGAGUACUUUGUGAAGUGUUUGCGGUCUUUGUCUGACAAGUGUCUUUUGAAGAGAAGAAAGCUUAGCCUAUAUAUCCAUUCAUUAGCACUUUCGAGUUGGAGUUUGUUUGUCUUUAUUUAGUUUGCAAAGGCCCAUAAGCAAUCUUGCGAGUUUGAUCUCCUACUAUUAGAAGGCCCUAUGGCAGUUGUGAAACCAGAGAUGAAGUCCUACAUUUGGCUCCAAACUGCUGAUGGUUCAAUCCAACAAGUAGAGGAAGAGGUUGCCAUGUAUUGCCCAAUGAUAUGCAGAGAAGUACUUCAAACUGGCAUGGGAUCCUCGAAAAAUUAUGCCAUAUCACUUCCUCAACGAGUCAAUGCUGCUAUUCUGGGCUUAAUACUAGAUUAUUGUCGGUUUCAUCAAGUUGCUGGCCGUUCUAAUAAGGAGCGCAAAAUUUUUGAUGAGAAGUUCAUCCGGUUAGAUACCAAGAAGUUAUGUGAGUUGACAUCUGCUGCUGACAGCCUUCAACUGAGGCCUCUGGUUGACCUUACAAGUCGUGCACUUGCUCGGAUGAUUGAAGGCAAAACACCCGAGGAAAUACGUGAAACUUUCCAUUUACCUGAUGAUCUAACUGAGGAGGAGAAGUUGGAACCUUUGAGAAAUAUGACCGAUGAUCCACGUAUCCGUCUUCUCAAUCGACUCUAUGCAAGGAAAAGGAAAGAAUUAAAAGAAAGAGAGAAAUUAAAGAAUGUCGAGGCAGAAGAAGAGCAGCAUGUGGAUGAACGAUCAGUUGAUGAUCUUCUAUGUUUCAUUAAUGGGGCAGAUGAAGAUUCCAAGUGUGCAAGAGCACCAAAGAGCAAAAAGAAAAACAGGAGGAGAAAAGAACAAGCUAAAAGUUCCUCUACAAAUAAUGAAACUGGAAACCAUAAUCAGGAAUCUAAUUGUCCUACAUCUAGCUGCCUGAAUGGUGAUGUGCCUUCUCCAAGUAAACCUUCUGAGUUGCAAGACUCUGCAUCUGUUAAGUUUUCAUCCAAACUUGACUUUGAUGAUGGCGAUAUUGACGAAGAGUUAGAUCCUGCAAUGAAGGAAGAAAUUGACAGGGAGGUUGAGGAUUUUGCUAGAAGGUUAAACUCUGUUUGGCCAGAACGAAUAGAGGAGAUUUUGUCUUUGGGUCAAGAGAGGAGACCACUAUCUGUGAAUGGGAAUGGUUCCCUGAAGAGAUGUACAGCAGGUUUGGACGGGAGAUGAUGGUUCAAAUGGUGGAUUAUGUAUCUUUUGGAUUCAGUUGGGCUUAACAUGCCAGUUUGUCUGUGUCUUCUGUUUCGACUAAAGACGGUAGAGAUUCAAUGUUCAUUUCUUGUAGAGUUCUUUCGACUUAUCAGAAGAGUUCCUUCUACUUGUUGAGCUGCCAAAGUGACUUCUGAACCGGGGGAAAUGACUUGAUUUGCUGAAGUUUAGGGGAAUUUCGAGAUAGAAGGGAAGUCUCCAUGGUAUGUGGUUUCACGGUAACCACCAUUUCAUUUGUCCGGCUUUUCAGAUACAAGUUCCAAUUUUGCAAAUUUUCUAAAAUCUUAGAUUUGUUUUCCUAUUCUUUAAUAAUUUAGUUCACAUUAAGUUGUCGCAACUUUUCCCUAGUUCUCUUUUUCCCUUCCUGGUUGGGCUUUUCAGUUUAAUGUUUCUUGGGUCUUUUUCCCAAUACGAGCAAUAUAAUAUGAGCAUUAUUGCCAUGAAAUGGCUUAAUGUUCCAUGGUUCUAUGCUUCAAUUCUGUAUCAUUAUGUAAUGUCUCCUUGAGAAGUAAUAUUAGUGUGUAUCCUGUUGUAAAGUUUGUGCCUUGUUCCUGUUCUGUAGAUAGUGCUGUCUUCUCAACUGUAAUAUUUGGUUUACCUGAACAGAAUUUUAGAGCUUGUACUUGAGCAAGCUGCACUUCUAAUUCACUUACAAAUUUGCUUUUUCA